UUAGUGAGUGAGAGCUUAUAAUGUCCUGCGUGUACAUAAGCGCGCGUCUGUUCUUCAGGGUGAGCUGAAUUCAGUCUGCGCGCUCCUCACAUCACGCACCUCUACACGCAUGUGAGCGCUCGAUCUUUUCCUCUCGUGCACUGACAAGAUGCGUGCUCGCGGAGUGUCUUUGUUAUUUCUGACCUUUAGCUUUCUUUUGCAUUUUCUGUGCGUACAUACAAUGACACCUCUGUUUCCGACCGCAUCCAAAGGCACCAAAGUUGGCAAGUCUGCGCCAGCCGAUGGUCAGAGAAGAUCAAAAUACAGCAGAAGUGUAUUGUCAGCAUCACCGUUUUUUGGGAACGCACAACCACGGCGGACGAACAGAGAUUCAGUUGAACCUCACGACUACAUGAUCUCCAUCUAUAAAACUUUCUCUGCGGCUGAGAAACUGGGACUCAAUGCGAGUUUUUUCCGCUCAUCAAAAGCGGCCAACACUAUAACGAGUUUUGUGGACGAGGGUCAAGACGACCUCUUGAACUCUCCACUGUGGAGACAGAAGUACUUGUUUGAUGUAUCAACGCUUUCUGAAAACGUUGAGCUUCUGGGUGCUGAACUGAGGAUAUACACAAAGAUCUCUGGACAUUUCCGAGCGUCUGAGACGGGACCGGUUGAGAUACAGCUUCUCUCCUGUCAAUCACAGGCAGUCCUUGAUUCCAAAAGUUUGGAUCUGGAGAACGUACAUAAACCAAAAUGGGAGGUAUUUGAUAUAUGGGAGAUUUUUAAGGAACGUCAUCAGCACUUUGAGGGGAGUCGCAUUUGUUUGGAGCUCAAGGCCACGCUAGACAGUCCUGAGAGAGAAAUAGACUUGCAAUAUCUUGGCUUUCACAGGUACGGCCGUCCUCAAUUAAAGAAAGCCAUACUGGUCGUUUUCACCAGGUCAAAAAAGAGACAGAGCCUUUUUUACGAGAAGAGGGGUCCUUUGGAAACUGAAAAAGGACCUCAUUCAAAGAACAGGCGGAGAAGGCGGACCACGUUACCUAACCGGCACGGUAAAAGGCAUGGUAAAAAGUCCAAAUCUAGGUGCAGCAAGAAGCCCCUGCAUGUAAAUUUCCGAGACCUGGGUUGGGACGACUGGGUCAUCGCACCUUUAGAUUACGAAGCGUACCACUGCGAGGGCAUGUGUGACUUUCCCCUCCGCUCGCACCUGGAGCCGACCAAUCACGCCAUCAUUCAAACUCUGAUGAACUCUAUGAACCCCAGCAACAUGCCCCCUAGUUGCUGUGUCCCUUCAAAACUCAGUCCAAUCAGUAUCUUGUACAUUGAUUCAGGUAAUAACGUCGUAUACAAGCAGUAUGAGGACAUGGUUGUGGAGUCCUGUGGCUGCAGGUGACUCUAUAGUUCAUUCAUUAGACUGUUGUUGCUAUUAAUGAUGUCAGACGUGUCUAACUCAAGAGCAUGAGAAGCUGCAAUAUCUUUUUGUGUUGAUGUUUUGGAUCUAUAUUGUUCAAAAUCAGAAAACUACUGGAAAAAAUUAAAUAUACACGAGUCAGCGAAUCUCUAACAAAUACUGCAGUGAUACUGGACUGUGAUAUUGUAUUACAUGCACUAUAAUAGAGGGGGCAAAGGAAACGGUCCGAUGUUUUACUGAUCAUUGUACUGUCUGUACUUACAAACAUACUCUAUUAUUAUUAUUUUGUAAUGGAAACCCACA